ACGAUGGCGUCCACGGAACAGUCGCUGCUCGACCUGACGGAGAAGGAAACCCGGGAGAAGCUGUCUCUGUGGGACCGCCGCUCGGACGCCACGGCCCCCCUCACGGAGAGACAGAUGGACUCCAUGCUGGAGAUCCGAUCCGCAGCCGAGACCCUCGCUGUCCCCUCCGAGCUUCCCAUCGAGGACCUGUGCAGCCUGUCCUCCCGGUCCCUGCAGUCCCCGUUCACAGCCACUGUCCCCGCCUCCACAGAGGACGUCCUGCUCAAGGGUUUCCAGAUGCUGGACAUGGAGAGCGACAGGAUACAAACCGCCCAGCAGUUUUUCGCCUGGUUCGCCAAGUUACAGACGAACAUGGACCAGGAGGACAACACGAAAUACAGGAGAACCAGAGAUGAUCUAUACUGCUACCAGGAACAAUGUGAUGCUAUUCUGACAGACGUCAGUGCAGCUCUGGAGCACUUGGACUCCCUUCAGAAACAAUACCUCUUUGUGUCCAACAAGACGGGAACUCUGCACGAAGCCUGUGAACAGCUCCUAAAAGAACAGUCGGAGCUUGUUGACCUGGCUGAGAGCAUACAGCAGAAACUGUCAUAUUUUAAUGAGCUGGAGAACAUCAACACGAAACUGAACUCGCCAACCUUGUCUGUAAAUAGUGAAGGCUUUAUACCAAUGCUGUCGAAAUUGGAUGACUGCAUUGAAUAUGUUUCUUCACAUCCAAACUUCAAGGACUACCCGGUUUAUUUGGCCAAGUUUAAACACUGUCUUUCUAAAGCUAUGCACUUCAUGAAGAUCCACAUUGUCAACACUUUGCAGCAUCUAACAAGCCAGUUAACGAAAAGGGAUCCAAUGGGUUUGACCAACGCAGACAACGCCUUUACACUUUAUUAUGUUAAGUUUAGAGCAGCUGCACCAAAAGUCAGGUCACUGAUUGAACAAGUUGAACAGCGAGCAGAGAAGAUUCCAGAAUACCAUCAGCUCCUCGAUGAAAUCCACCAGUGCUACCUUGACCAGCGAGAGCAGCUGCUCAGUCCCAGCAUCAUAUCCACCAUUACUGACCUGACAAACCAGAACAGCAAAGACCACUGUGCUCUGGUUCGCAGUGGCUGUGCCUUUAUGGUUCACGUGUGCCAGGAUGAGCACCAACUUUACAACGAGUUCUUCUCCAAGCCCACGCCUCAACUGGAUGAACUGCUAGAGAAGUUAUGUUUGUCCCUGUAUGAUGUCCUGCGGCCUCUAAUCAUCCACAUUAUCCACCUGGAAACCCUGUCCGAGCUCUGCAGCAUUCUCAACAAUGAGAUGCUGGAAGACCAUGUUCACAAUAAUGCGGUUCAGUUGGGGGCUUUUGAUGGGCUGGUGAAGCAGAUGCUGGAGGAUGUCCAAGAGCGGCUGGUCUACAGGACCCACAUUUACAUCCAGACUGAUAUCACAGGCUACAACCCAGCUCCAGGGGAUCUGGCCUACCCUGAGAAACUGGAGAUGAUGGAGAGAAUUGCUCAGAGCUUGAAGGAAGAGCAGAUUAAGCACGUGACGCAAGAGGCGAUGUUUUCUGAUGUACAACUUGAGAGUCCCGAUGGUAGAAGAAACAGUAAUACUGGGAAUGUAGAGGCAUCGCGCCUGCAGCCGUCCAUCUCUCCUGCUGAUCUGCACGGCAUGUGGUACCCCACCGUCAGACGGACACUGGUUUGCCUGUCCAAGCUUUACAGAUGCAUAGACAGAGCAGUCUUCCAGGGUUUAUCUCAAGAAGCCUUAUCUGCCUGCAUCCAGUCUCUUCUUAAAGCCUCCGAUAUCAUCAUCAAAAACAAGACGCAAAUAGACGGGCAACUUUUCCUGAUCAAGCACCUGCUGAUAAUGCGUGAACAGAUUGCCCCAUUUCACACCGAUUUUGCCAUCAAGGAAAUCUCACUGGACCUGAAGAAAACGCGAGAUGCUGCCUUCAAAAUGAUGAACCCUAAGGCUGUUCCCAAAUUCUUCCGAUUUAACAGUCACAAUGCCAUACUCGAAUUCCUGCUGGAGGGAACACCAGAGAUAAAGGAGCACUACAUUGACUCUAAGAAGGAUGUGGACCGACACCUGAAGUUCAGCUGUGAGCAGUUCAUCCAGCAGCAGACUCAGAUCUUCGUGGGGAACCUUGAGGAGUUCCUCACCAAGGUUGCAGCUCUUAAAACCAUGGCUAUCCAAGGUGGUCCCACAUACAGUCUGUCUCAGCAACCUUGGGCACAGCCAGCAAAGAUCAACGAUAUAGUGAUGGCUACCUACCGUGUGAUGAAGAGCAAGCUGCCAAGCACUUUACAGAGCAUGUCCUUGUACUUGGCCAAUAGAGACACGGAGUUCAUCCUUUUCAAGCCUGUCAGGAAUAACAUACAGCAGGUAUUCCAGAGGCUGCUCGCCUUGCUUCAGGAGGAAUACAACGGAGAAGACCUGCAAAUCAUUGCAUGUCCAUCUAUGGAGCAGAUCAACCUGCUGCUGUCUGUAAAUAAGUAAUGCCCGGGUUUUGGCGUGGCCAUGCUGGCGAACACCCCCUGGAUAGCAAAGCGUUGCUCCGACUCCAGCCGUGACCAGAGAACUGCAACUGAGCUGCGAGCUGAACCAGGAAUGCCGAACUUGACGGCAAAGAUUAAAAAAAACACUCCUGCACAAGGCCAAAGAUUCUCAGAUGCUCAAGCAGCUCCAGAUACGAAGAGGUUCAGGUAGUCGCGUUGGAAGUCCAUGACACACUGGGAAGCGGAGGGUGUUGUUUUGGGUUUCUGAGCUGGUUGUUUUGCACGACUAAAUUUAAGGGUGUUGUUGUGUUAAAGGCUGUUUUCAUGUAGGAGGAAUCCACUUUGACGAAGGGCGGGAGCGUUGACAGCUCAAAUCGUUUGGAAUAAAAAGCAUUUACACAAAAUGUGAGGGUGGGGGGCAAAUUAUUUAAGUGUUCAGACAGGAGCAUUGGGUGGGCAAGAAGAAGUAACAGCACUAAAAGGGUUCAACGUCAGGUAGCUAUCGGCCAGUAGGCAGGCUCACAUUCAGAUGCCUUGAUUCCCUCGUUGGGUAUUGAAAGGAUUACAAGAGAAAUGCUGCAGAAUAUCUUAUUCCUCCCUUUUUAAAAUGUAGCCAUCUUCAUAACACAUUCAAUAAAACUUAAUGAUGGCCUGAAGUGCUACAGGAUGCUCAGGUCCAACUUUGAUCAUAGCAAAAUCCCCUCAGCUCUUCCCCCCCUGUCAGAUGUUUUCUUAAAUAUUGUUCUACUUUUCUUCGUGUGAAUGUUUUGUUUGGUUUUGUUAUUCUGUUGCAAAUAUGUAAACAACGAAAUCCUAUGUUUUAUACAUUUCUUUCCAUUUUAUAACUGGGUUGGUCAAGAGUGCUCUGCUUUUACUUUCGGCAAACAGAACGGACUGUUGACCGUUUCUGUUUUGCACUGUAUAUGAUUCAUGGGCAUCUUUCCUACAGGUCCUCACAGAACUGCAUAGCUAACAGGACACGGUCAAUCUAACAUUUGCUUUGGCGUGUCCCAUGUAAAAUGACGUGUACAGUAAAAUUAUUUAUGAACAUUCUGAUUAAAAAGACAAAUAAUGA